CGAAGAACAUCACUCGCGUAGACUUCGUCGGCUGUCGCAUCUGGCGCUGAACACCAGGCUGAGUACACAGGAUCGUCUGCUUGGCAUUUUCCAUUCCACUUCACUCCUUCACUCGUUUCACAGACACAGACACUUUGAUACAACACACAGACACCUCGCCGAAAGGCCCCCAGCUCCUCAGCACCAUGGCCUCCAACUUCACCCUCCAAGUCAACUGCUCCUCAGCCCCCCAAACCGCCCGCACAGACGCCGGAGUCGCAGGAGCCGGAAUCCUCAUCGCCUUCAUCAUCACCGCCGGCCUCGCCCUUAUCCUCUCCGCCUUCAUCGUCUUCUCCGAAAUCCGCGGCCGAACCUCUCGAAACAUCACCCGAAAAAUCCUCUCCGGCCUCUCCGAUCAAAUGAUCGUCGAAGGAAUAGCAGUUCAAGUCGUCGCGCUGGCGCGAAUUUACUCGACGAUUCCGUACCAUUUCUUCAUUGUUUGGAUGCUCUCGCUCUUAUCGACUGCUACGAAUUUCGCGGCGCUGUUGGCGCUGGUGCAAGAUUUGAAGAGGGAUUGGAUGUUGAGAUGGUUAAGGCAGUUUGCGAUGUUUGUUAAUAUGGCGUUGGGGAUUACGAUGGGGAUUUUUGUGUUGAAAACGAAUAUUGAUAAUUUGGCUCCGACUUUGCCUAUGGCUUGUGUGUGGCAGGCGCAUGAGAAAGAUGCUGAUGCACAAGGGAAUAAGACACUCAGUGUUGUGGGUACGAUCGUGGUCAUUGCUGUCACCUGCAUCAUCUUUGUUCUUGGUACCUGGUACCUACAUCUUCGGAAGCAGAUUUGGGGCAAGACAGUGAGGAUAAUAUCCUUGGUUGUGCUUAUGGGCAUGGCCAUAGCAGUCACUGUCAGAGUGAUUCUUAUUGCCCAGGGUCUCGGUGGCACGCCGUCCGUGGACCUUGCUGACAAAGGAGAGACCGAGUGGUCAUUCGGCCAGCUGCUUACGCUCAUGCUUCUCAUUCUGCCAUUCGUCUCUGCAUUGGAGCUUCUCCGAGGACAAAUGGCCGUUCCUCGGGCGGAUGCGCAAUGCGACUCUGACCAAGUGCCACUGACCGGCGGCCACGGUGCUGAGCUGAAGCCAGUGUCCGACAACAGGUACGCUUACCAACCUAACCCAAUAUUUAGAUCAUAG